AUGAUGAACGGUUCAUGGACUGAUGUAAACAUUUCAAAUAGAUUUGGAAUUGUUGUUCACAAUUUUCAACAAGAAGAAGCUCAUCGCUUAAGAUUAAGUGUUGGAGAAAGUGUAUUAAUAUCUCAAGAAAAUGGAGAGUGGUAUUUCGGUAAUUCAACAAAAAACAGAUACCGACAGGGAAUUUUCCCGAAGAGUUAUGUUAAAAUCAUGGAGAGUAUUGUUGACAAAUCCGGUCCUACCGAAGAGGUAGUUUUAAAACAACCAAAAAUCGUACAGGAAAUUUCUUCAGUGCUUCGAGAAUGGGGUGAACUUCUAAAAGAAUUAUUUGUUUAUCACAGCGAAAACUUUCGUGUCAUCAAGGCUUUAAUGUACGAUUUAAUGACAUAUAGAAGUCAAAUUAUUUCUGGAAAGUUUCCAGCUGAUGAAUUAAAACAGAUUAAAAGAAUUGUUACUUCUAAAAUUGAUGUUGGCAACAAUCUUCUUGGUCUUGAUAUGGUAGUAAGGGAUGAUCAAGGCAACAUACUUAAUCCAGAAGUAACGUCAACAGUAGAGUUGUAUAGGCAUCAUCACUUAUCGAAAGAAAGAAUUUUAAAAGCAACGAGUGAACCGAUUUCAAAAGAAGAUAGAAGACUUCUUUCUCAACAAUACUGCCAUGCGUUAUUCGUUUGUGUUAGAGAGUUUGUUUGCAAGUUGAUAGAAGAUUUCGAAUUGUUAAUGUGCCUUUAUGAUGUUAAAGAAGGCAGACCAUUUACUGAAAACCAUGUUAUUAGAUGGUCUAAAGGAGCACCGUUGGAGACAGAUAUUCCUAGAGUACUUUUUACCGAUUUAGGUACAAGAGAUAUUCUGCGAGAAAAGGUCUAUCUGGUUUCUUACGUUGUUCGUCUCGGAGGUAUGGAAAAAACGUUAACACCGAGUAAAUCUCAACCAUCACAUGGUGAUCCUAUGAGGAGACCUUUUGGUGUCGCUGCUAAAGAUAUAACUUUGUAUGUAAAUGGAAAACUUGAGCCUGGGGAAGAGGAUACAGUUAUUUUACCAUUACUUAUGUGUGAAAAAGAUAAUCUUGAAGGAACAUUACGAAGAAUUCUAACGAUAAAAGAUCUCACGCAUAAAGACCAUAAAGGUUAUGGUUUGAGUGUAAGACUGAAAAUGCUUCAUGGAGAUUUGAAGCAGGUACGAGAGGAAAAUCCUCAUUUGAUUUUAGGUCAGGUGUCCGUCGCUCGAAAGAUGGGCUUUCCCGAGGUAAUACUUCCUGGUGAUGUUCGAAAUGAUCUUUAUUUGACUUUGGUUUCUGGUGAAUUUUCUAAAGGUAGUAAAUCAACCGACAAGAAUGUUCAAGUCACAGUACAAGUAUGCAAUGAAAACGGGCAAGUCCUUCAGGGUGUGAUACACUCUGGAGGUGAAAAUAACGAAUAUCGUUCUGUAAUUUACUACCAUGAAGAUAAACCUAGAUGGGCUGAGACUUGUAAAAUAGCUGUACCAAUUGAAGAAUUUAAAGUCAGUCAUUUGCGAUUUAUGUUCAAACAUCGAUCUUCCAAUGAAACUAAAGAUAGAAACGAAAAGCCAUUUGCUAUGUCUUUUGUUAGCCUAAUGCAACAGAAUGGUACUACUUUGCCUGAUACUCAACACGAAUUAUUAGUCUACAAGGUAGAUCAUAAGAAAUAUGAUUUUCAAGAUAUGUGUUACCUUACUAUGCCUUCAAGGAAAAUAGAGUUAGAAGAAGGUGGUAAAAGAUCAUGUAAUGGUCUUACUUUAUCAAAUAAAGAUUUGUUUAUAAUUCAAACUAACGUUUGCUCUACUAAACUCACACAGAAUAUUGAUCUUUUGGGCCUAUUAAAUUGGACAAGUGAACCCGAACAAGUUCUUAAUAGUCUCGAUGCUCUCAUUAAAAAAGUAAGCGGUGAAGAAAUUGUGAAAUUUCUUCAAGAUGUUCUUGACGCAUUGUUCAACAUUCUAAUGGAAAAUACUGAUUCGGAUCUCUAUGAUAAAAUGGUUUUCAAUUGUCUCCUUCAUAUCAUUGGACUUGUAUCGGACAGAAAAUAUGAGCACUUUGAACCAGUAUUAGAUUUGUAUAUAAAAGAGGGUUUUUGUGCAACAUUGGCCCAUCAUAAACUUUUAGCUGUUUUGAAGGAUCUCUUCGAGAACUUAAGCUUAUCUGACAGUGAGAGAGAGAUCCUUUUGAAGACUAUGAAAUCGUUACAGUAUAUAAUGAGAUUUAUUGUCAGAUCAAGAGUCCUGUUUGCUGAGUUGAAUGGUGGUAAGGAUGAAGAAGAAUUUACAGAAGCUCUGACUGAUGUAUUACAAAGUCUUGGCUUUUUGAUGCGUUCCAAUUCUGAUACUAUACUCCUCAUCCAAGGAGCCUGUUUAAAAUACCUUCCAAGUACUAUUCCCGAUAUUCUUCUAGUAUUUAGACCUGUAUUACUGAGCCAGCUGUUGUCAGAGCUGAUUGAUAAUGUACCACCAUCGAGGCUUACCAAGCAAAAAAUGAUGACCCUCAGUGAUAUCGUUCAUUCUCCCCUUUUUUUAACUGCCGAGUCUAGGAAAGUUUUGCUGCGAAUUAUACUUCUUCAAAUAAAAGAUCUACUUGAAACUAAGGAUGAGGAAUUUAGGAUCAAAACUAAGUCAGUUGCCAAGGUUGCUAAAGUGUUGGGAGAGUCAGAGGCGAAACUGCAAGAUAUACAGGACACUCCUCAUGAACCGCCGGUGGAACUUUGCGUAAAUAUCUUAUGUGAUAUAAUGGAGCUUUUGUUCCGGGAUGACAUAGGCCCAACAGUCCAUGAUUUACAAGUUAUUAUGCAUUCCAUAUUAAGAACCGUUAUUCAGACUACUAUUACAAUGGAUCGAGAAGAGCCUCUUGUGGGGAGUCUUGUUUCGAUAAUGCUUGCAAUCCUAAGGCAAAUGGGAGCAAAUCAUUUUGAAGACUAUAUCAAGCGCUUUCCGACUAGGACUGAUCUCCUGGAUUUUUUAAUGGAAAUAUUGCUCGUUUUUAAAGAUCUAGUUUCAAGACCCGUAUUUCCCAGAGAUUGGUGUGAAAUGAUAAUGAUACAGAACAGCAUCAUACUUAAGGCUCUGAGGUUUUUCUCACAUACUAUUCGAGAUUAUUUCUCUACUAAAUUUGAGCAUCAAGCUUGGAAUAAUUUUUUCCAUUGUGCCAUAUCGUUUCUGACACAACCAGCACUGCAAUUAGAAACUUUUUCUGAAGGCAAGAGGAGAAGGGUAAUUGCUAGGUAUAAAGAUAUGAGAAUGGAAACUGGUUUUGAAAUCCGAAGUAUGUGGUUUAACUUGGGUCAGAAUAAGAAACAGUUUAUUCCUGGUUUGGUCGGACCGUUCCUUGAAAUGACUUUAAUACCUGAGUCUGAUUUGAGGAAAGCGACUUUACCAAUAUUCUUUGAUAUGAUGCAGUGUGAAUUCUAUUCUCCUCGGGACACUUCUGACAAUAGAAGAGAUUCGACACAGAUCAAAGCAAAUUUUUUAGAAUUUGAAAAUGAAAUGAUCUCAAAACUUGAUAACUUGGUGGAAGGUGGAAGAGGUGAUGAAGACUAUAAAGAUCUAUUUUUUACCAUUGUCAGUUCACUUUGUGAAAAUCACGCUGUUCUGAAAGAUCAGGGACUUAAGUUUGUGAAAACUGUGACUAGACUGAUGGAAAGGCUGUUGGAAUACAGAUGUAUAAUUAAUGAUGAAAAUAAGGAAAACAGAAUGAGUUGUACUGUAAACCUUCUUGAUUUUUAUUCAGAGAUCAAUAGGAAGCAGAUGUAUAUACGUUAUUUGAACAAGCUCUGUGAUCUUCAUUUGGAAAGUGACAAUUACACCGAAGCUGCUUAUACUUUGAAACUUCAUAGUAAACUUUUGAGUUGGUCUGAUGUAAGUUUAUCGACCAUGUUGAGGAGCAGCAAAUAUCCCAACUGUCAGACUCAUCGCCAGCUCAAGGAAGCAUUAUAUCAUGCCAUUAUUGAUUACUUUGACCAGGGAAAGAUGUGGGAGAAUGCUGUUGAAGUUUGUAAAGAACUUGCUAAACAAUACGAAGAGCAAGUGCACGAUUUGCCUCAACUCAGUUCUCUUUUAAGAAGAAUGGCCGACUUUUAUGACAAUAUAAUGUACAAACUUAGGCCUGCUCCUGAGUAUUUUAGGGUAGCUUACUAUGGCAGAGGUUUUCCUCCGUUCCUUCAGAAUAAGGUUUUUAUAUACAGAGGAAAGGAAUACGAGAGAUUAAGUGAUUUCUGCACAAGGACUUUGAAUCAGUUCCCUAAAGCAGAACUUAUGAACACUCUUACGCUACCCAGUGAAGACGUUACAGAAUCUCCGAAUCAAUAUAUACAAAUCAAUAAGGUGGAGCCAAUAAUGGAUGAAAAGAAACAAAGAUCUUUUAUGCAGACUGUCAGUUCGCAAGUUCUUAAAUUCCACAGAGUAAAUAAUGUUCAAAAAUUCCGAUUCUCUCGUCCAUAUCACAAAAGGGAUUCAAUGCUUGUCGAAGACAAUGAAUUUGCUACUCUUUGGAUAGAAAGAAACAUAUUAGUGACGUCAUAUCCUCUACCUGGUAUUCUGAGGUGGUUUCCUGUAACGUCUACUGAUACAUACCAGUUGUCGCCAUUGGCGAAUGCAAUAGAAACGAUGCAAACAACGAACGAUUUACUGAAAGAAUUAAUCAUGGAACAUAAGAAAGAUCCAAGCCUACCUAUUAAUCCAUUAAGUCUCCGAUUGAAUGGAAUAGUAGAUGCAGCUGUUAUGGGUGGAAUUAAUAACUAUGAAAAGGCAUUUUUUACUCCUGAAUAUAUGGAAGCGAAUCCUGAUAAAGUGGCGCAGAUUGUCCAACUGAAGGAACUAAUAGCCUCUCAAAUACCACUUCUAGAAGUUGGAAUAAAAAUUCAUGGCGAUGUUGCUCCUCCUGCUUUGAUCCCAUUUCAACAACGACUGGAACAAUGUUUCGCUCAAAUGCAAAGCCAUGUUGUAUCAAAUUAUGGAGCUAAGAGUUGUGAAAUUAAGUACGAACCGGUCACGUUAAGAAGACAAACAAAUAAGGGUACGGAUACCAACAGGUUGUCUGGAACUAGCUUUGGAUCGACAGAGGGAAAUAGGUCUCGCGUCUCCAGUCUCACCAAGUCUCAAGUUGCCUCUUUGAAGACAUUCGUCAACUUUGCGUCUCUGUCGCCUUCUUCUACUCUUACGAGAGCUGGGAGUGCUUAUGUAAGAUCGACCUCUGCAUCCCUCUCUACACCCUCGAUUAGUAGAAAAGAAAAGAAGAAGAAGCGAAGACACACAAAUAAAGAAAGAGAAUGUCCAGAAAGCCCACGCCCUAACUCGCAGUGGUAUACCAGCCCAGUGACAACGCCAACUUCUAGCAUUAUAUUGGAUGAGUCUCCUCCUAUUUUUGAACUGAGGCAACAGCUGACUCCGACACGCCCUUUGAGAUCUGAAGUUGAAAAAGAAAGAAGAUUAAGCAGACCCCCUAGCGGACAGUUUCAGAACAGGCUUUCACUUCCUUCGACGAACGGAAACAGGGAUUCACUGGGAACUACAGAUUCAACAGCUAGUGAAGAAGAUCCUCCCCCACUCCCGGCGAAAACUAGGGAAGCUGACUAUUGUAAUCUUCCUGAUGAAACUGAUACUUCUCUCACCAUUAGCCAGGCUCCCUCAACUCCGAGGGUUAGGAACAAACCCGUACCUCCAGUACCAGUUGAAACGAAUCACAUUACUCAGCCACCAACUCCUCCUCCUAAGAGGCCCGUGAAAGCUCUUUCAUCACCAUGA